AUGGAUGCAUGGGAAGAUGAUCAGGCUGACCAGCGUUCCUGCCUCAUCUGUGGCGACCGCGCCACUGGACUGCACUAUGGCAUCAUCUCGUGCGAGGGCUGCAAGGGCUUCUUCAAGCGCAGCAUCUGCAACAAGCGCGUCUACCGCUGCAGCCGCGACAAGAACUGCGAGAUGUCGCGCAAGCAGCGGAACCGCUGCCAGUACUGCCGACUGCUCAAGUGCCUGCAGAUGGGCAUGAACCGCAAAGCAAUCAGGGAGGAUGGCAUGCCAGGAGGGAGGAACAAAAGCAUUGGGCCUGUGCAGAUAACUGAUGAGGAGAUAGAGAGGAUCAUGUCAGGGCAGGAGUUCAAGGAGGAAGCCAACAUGCCAGACCACACUUGGAGCAACAAUGGCGACAGCAGUGACCACAGUUCCCCUGGCAAUGGUGUUUCCGAAGGCAACCAACCAUCUCCAGCUUCCACUUUAUCGUCCAUUCGCUCGGUGGAGAUGAAUGGCUACACCACUGCACUACGGGACCAGUACAUCGGCAGCGCCAUGACCACACACUACCAGUUCCUUCCGCAUCUAUUCAGCUAUGCCACACAACCACGCAGCCUCUAUCCACAAUCCCACACCCUCAUCACCCAGCUGGUGGCUGCGGAGGAGCUAGCCCCACUGGGAACACCCAUGCUCAUCGAGGAAGGGUACAGGGUGACCCAGGUAGAGCUGUUUGCCCUGCUGUGCCGCCUGGCAGACGAGCUGCUCUUCAGGCAAAUCGCAUGGAUUAAAAAGCUCCCAUUCUUCUGCGAGCUCACCAUCGAGGACUACACGUGCCUGCUCAGCUCCACCUGGCAGGAGCUCAUCCUGCUGGCUUGCCUGACCAUCUACAGCGCACAGGUGCUGAAAGACCUGGCCGACGUCACCACCAAGUACACGCCAACGGAUGAGGAACUUCAGGGGUUCAGCGAGGAUGGAAUGGAAGUUAUGGAGAAGCUUAUAUAUCUUUUCCGCAAGUUCCACCAACUGAAGGUCAGCAACGAAGAAUAUGCCUGCAUGAAAGCCAUCAACUUCCUCAACCAAGAUAUCCGUGGUGUCACCAGUGUUUCCCAGCUGGAGCAGCUGAAUAAACGGUACUGGUAUGUCUGCCAGGACUACACCGAAUGCAAGUACCCGCACCAGCCAAAACGCUUCCCAGAGAUCAUGAUGUGUUUGCCGGAGAUUCGUUGCAUUGCAGGGAAGUUAGUAAACGUUCCCCUGGAGCAGCUGCCCUUGCUGUUCAAAGCAGUCUUGCACUCCUGUAAGUCCAGCCUGAAUGGCACAUACCGCAACACGGGAGCCUCCCCAUGUCCUCCCAAGGGCACUGCCCCUGCCAACUGA